CACACGAUGGCAGAGACCGCGCCAGCAGCCGCCGCUCCUCCUCCCGCCGAAGCGGCCGCCAAGUCCAAGAGGCAGCCGAAGAAAUCCGCCGCUGCAGGGGGCGCCAAGAAAAGCAAGAAGCCGUCCGGUCCCAGUGUGUCCGAGCUCCUCGUCACAGCCGUGUCCGCCUCCAAGGAGCGCAGCGGGGUGUCUCUGGCCGCCCUGAAGAAGGCUCUGGCUGCAGGAGGAUGCGAUGUAGAGAAGAAUAAUAGCCGCAUCAAGGUGGCCAUCAGGGCUCUAGUCACCAAGGGGACCCUCACCCAGGUGAAGGGCAGCGGCGCCUCCGGCUCCUUCAAGCUCAACAAGAAGCAGCAGGAGACCAAGGACAAGGCGGCCAAGAAGAAGCCGGCGGCGGCCAAGAAACCUGCAGCUACUGCGGCCAAGAAACCCGCUAAAUCCCCGAAGAAGCCCAAGAAGGCUCCGGCCAAGAGCCCGAAAAAGACCAAGAAACCAGCCGCGGCCAAGAAAGCAGCCAAGAGCCCCAAGAAGCCGAAGGCUGCCCCCAAGCCCAAGAAGCUGGCCAAGAGUCCGGCUAAGAAGGCGGCCAAACCCAAGGCUGCCAAGAGUCCGGCUAAGAAAGCGGCGAAAGCCAAGAAGAGCGCGGCCAAGAAGUAACCGGCGCCGCCCGCACCUCUCCCCCAAAGGCUCUUCUCAGAGCCACCACCUCCUCCUCAGACGAGC